GUUUUCCAGGUGUAUGAUCAACCAGAUGUGUAUGAGACUUGUGACCUCCCAGAGAGUGACCAGGAUUACAUAUCUGGGGAAACUGCAGAAACAAGCAACUCCAUUGAAGUCUUGCAUAUCUCAUCCAGUGAUGCACAUUCACAUUUUAAAGGAAAGACACUGGAUUCUACCUUUGUCGAUUUUUCUGACCGCAUAUCGCAUUCGAGACGUAGAGGGUAUGAUGCCAGGCGUAUGGAAUGGGAGCUAGCAGGAGAGGGAGAAGAGGAAACCAUUAUGCAGAAAUAUCAGCGACUGAAAUGUGAGGUCCAACAGCUCUUGGAAGAUGUUGAUGCCGUGAAGGGAUCUGUACCAUGUGGUGAUGGUUCUGCAUCAUCGGUUGAACUGGCUAAACAAGUGGAGUCGCUCCAAAAUACACUGACGGACCUCAAACUGGAAGAGACUCUUGGAUCUGAAGUUGUGUCCUCCAUAUCCCAACCUCAGAUAGCACUGCAAAAGAAGCUUGUGACCUUACUAGAGGGUUUUAAGAAAACUGGAUUAGUUUCGGAGAAGAAAAUUGAUAAAUCAGGUGCCAGCACAGGCAGUGGUGGUAGCGAGGCAGCUAUUACGUACGAGUUAUAUUAUGCUCCAGAACAUGCAAGAUUAAAUCAACUUGCCAAUGUAGCAGCAUUAGAAAAAAGGAUCGAUCACCUGGAAUCUAUUAUUGGAAACAAUCCAGAUAAGCUAAGUAGCUUGUCAGCGUGGACAAAUCACAAGUCUGUUUUAGGUGCUGUGCAAGUCUUGAGCUCACGUUUAGCCCUUUUGGAACCAACUCACUUAGAUCACAUUGAAGGGCGAUUGCAUGCUGUGCACACACGCAUGAAUUCAAUAUCUGAAAAGAAGUCUGCUAUUGAGGAAGCUGAUAAACAGAGUAAGGUGACAGAGCUGUAUGAAUUGGUCAAGAAAACAGAAUCCCUCUGUUCUGCAGUUCCUGAAGUGGUUGAUCGUCUUGUAUCAUUAGAGACACUACAUGAUCAAGCUAUUCAGUUCAGUGGAUCGAUAAAACAACUUGAUGUGGCUCAAACUCGUUUAACUUCAUUGCUGCAAUCCAAUUCUGAUCACCUGUCAUCAGUGCAGGCAAAGUUCGCUCACAAUUUAGAGGUUAUACAGAACAAUAUUACGAAUCUGGACAACAGGAUACAGGUACUUCAAAAGAAGUAGGCUGUCUUCUUUCACUACAACCCUGACCUCUGCUGCACAUAGACAUCGUGACAAGAGCAACGAGCAUUGGUUUGUUUUCAAGGGAUUUGCCAGAAGCCCUUCUGGCGCUUUGCAUAAAGUGGUAGGUAUAACUAGAACAGAAAUGAGUAUAUUUAUUAGCUUACGGUAACAUUUGUUCACUUUCCUUUGCAAAUUAUAUUUGAGAUGCCUUAUUGGGGUUUGAAGCACCUCUGCAGAUAGCAUACAGUUUAUUCAUUAACACAGCAUUUUAGCUAAAUUUGUAUAUUGCAUCUACAGAUGCUGAUGUUUAACCACUUCGUGAUAGAAUUUUAACUUAUGUAUUGAUAAGUAAUCUUGGAAUUCCUUAGGAGUAAAGUAUUGAUGUUCA